AGAUAAGUUCGGCUCUAUGAUUCGGACAGUUGGUUCGUCGUGACCAUCUCGUAUUGUCCACCACUUUAGAAAUCGACCUGUAGACAUGGCAGAUAAGGAGAAGAAGAAGAAGGCUAAGAAGAAGGAGGAGGCGCCGGCACCCGAGCCCGAGCCAGCACCAGUUGAAGAGAAAGCACCAACUCCUACAGGUACACCAAAGGACUCCGGCUCUGCUAGAGCAAGCAGCCGUGGCAGCCGCAAGGCUAAACGCAGCGGAUCCAGUGUUUUCUCUAUGUUCUCUCAGAAACAAGUGGCCGAAUUUAAGGAGGCAUUCCAGCUAAUGGACGCGGAUAAAGACGGUAUCAUUGGUAAGAAUGAUCUUCGUGCAGCCUUCGACUCCGUCGGCCGAUUGGCGACCGAUAAGGAGCUCGACGAAAUGCUUAGUGAAGCUCCAGCGCCCAUCAACUUCACUCAACUGAUGAACUUAUUCGCUGUUCGUAUGUCAGGAUCAGGUGCUGACGAAGAUGAUGUUGUGAUCAAUGCCUUCAAGACAUUCGACGACAACGGCAAAAUCGACGGCGAAAGAUUAAGGCAAGCUUUAACGACAUGGGGCGACAAAUUUACACCGAAAGAAGUGAAUGACGCAUUCGAUCAGAUGUUCAUCGAUGAUAAAGGUUUCAUUGAUACACCGAGUUUAAUUGCUAUGUUGACCGGCACGGGCGAAGAAGAGGAGGAUUAAGACCAAUUGAAAUUAUAUCAUCAAGAAGAGAAUAUGUUCCUCGGUUGAAGCCUCGUAUUUAACAUGAAAUUCACACAAAAUCUGCCUCAAAAGAGAACACAAAUUUUAUACUCAACCACCUUUUUUUCCUAUUGUCUCUUUCUUUCUUUCUCUCCCCCCUCUCUCUCUCUUUCUUCUUCUCUCUCAUUUCAUACUCUUUUACUCAGUGAUCAAAAUAUAACAAGGACAAAACGAUA